AUGUCAGUGGUUGUGUUAGGGCUUUGUCUGAGCCUGUGUUUCUUCGGUAUCAAUGUCGACGCUGUCAGCGAUUAUAGGACUGCAUUGACGAAGUCAUUGUUGUUCUUUGAGGCUCAGAGAUCAGGGAAGCUGCCUACUAAUCAAAGGGUUAAAUGGCGGGGAGAUUCUGCUCUUAAGGAUGGCAGUGACGCCGGUGUUGAUCUCUCGGGAGGGUAUUAUGAUGCCGGUGACAACGUCAAAUUUGGGUUCCCAAUGGCCUACACGAUAACGCUUCUGGCAUGGGGCGCGGUGGAUUUUGAGGGUAAGCUGAAACAAAAGGGCGAGCUAUCUAAUGCCCUCGCUGCCAUCAGGUGGGGCACCGAUUACCUCAUCAAGGCCCACCCCGAGCCCAACGUUCUCUUUGGCGGGGUUGGGGACGGACAGGCCGACCACUCCUGCUGGCAGCGUCCUGAGGACAUGACCAGCCCUCGGACGACUUACAAGAUCACCAACCAGAGUCCAGGUGCCGAUCUUGCUGCUGAAAGCGCAGCUGCUUUAGCUGCUGCAUCCAUCGCCUUUCAAUCGACUGACCGCAGUUACUCCAAACAGCUCCUUACCCACGCCAGACAGCUCUUCGACUUUGCUCGGAACCACCCAGGACAGUAUCAGUCCAGCAUUCCCAGUGCCGGAUCAUUCUACUCCAGCAGUGGAUAUCAGGAUGAAUUGUUGUGGGCAGCGGCUUGGCUUCAGAGGGCUACUGAUGAGAAAACAUACGUAGAUUUCCUCGGACAGGCAAGUGGGACGGGCGGUGCUCGGCAACAGUUCUCCUGGGACGACAAGUAUCUUGGUGCCCAAUUGCUCGUUGCUAAGCUGGUGCUGGAAGGGAAGGCAGGGAGCUCGGGAAUAUUUGGACAGUACAAGUCUGAUGCCGAAACGUUCCUCUGUAACUAUGCCCAAAAGGGCAGCGGCAACUUCAAGAUGACGGCGGGAGGGAUGCUGUGGUUCCUUCCCUGGGGAAACCUUCAGUAUGUCGGAGCAGCUUCCCUUGCAGCAGUCUCAUAUGCGUCUUACCUCUCCGCCGAAAAGGCCACCAUCCAGUGCCCUGGUGGCUCCGUCUCAGUUUCCGAUCUCUAUGCGGUCGCCCAAUCCCAGGCGGAUUACGUGCUGGGGAAUAACCCAAAGGGACUGAGCUACAUGGUCGGAUUUGGGUCGAGCUACCCGACACAGCCCCACCAUAGGGGGGCUUCUAUCGUAUCGAUCAAGAAGGACGCAACCCCCGUAACAUGCCAAGGUGGGUUUGAUUUGUGGUUUAAUAGAAUCGCUCCCAACCCGAACGUGCUGGACGGCGCGAUUGUUGGUGGCCCUAAUGAGCAGGACGGGUACACCGACUCAAGGAGCAACUACCAGCAGGCUGAGCCCGCCACAGCAACCGUUGCCCCUUACGUUGGGCUUUUCGCAAGUCUUGCUUAGUUAAGAUUUUUAGUUUUAAAUUUCGCGUAGGAAAAUAGUUGGACAUUGAAUAAAUAGUUCAAUGCAUGUCUGCCUAUUGACUUAAAGUAUAUUACAAUACAACUCUAGA